CUUGCUAACAUAUGAGUCAAGCCAAUGACGGGCAAGCUCCCAAAUACCGUGUGAAAAGACUUGAGCAGAACCGAAGAGGUAAUCAGAAGGCAUCAGACACAGAUCCACAAAUCCAAGGCCAAUCGGCAUGGAGCAGCAACAAGAACUCCCAGAAUAAUGAUGUGCCUAAGAGAAGAAACAAUAAUAGAGCAUCGAAUCUAAUUCGUAAGCAACAUCAUCAAUUGAGUCCAGAGGAACAGGAGAAACUCAAGCAAAGACAAGCCCGGUUCAAUAAAGACGAUGAGAAACAGAAGAAAGCACAAGAAACCCAAUUCGGAUUUAUUAGCAGAGGUGAAGAUAAUAGGCUCCAGCAAAGUGAAAAAAGCCGACGGGAUUUCUUUAAUCAAAUUUUACAUUCCUUUGUUAGGUAUUGUGCCAAUAAUUCUACUUCUAGCUUGCAUAAAGAGCUUGAUAGUUUUGACCUUGAUUUAGACAACGUAAACGAUAACUCAGGCAAAGAUCCGGGGACGCUCGAUUCAAUAACUUUAUCUUUGCGUAAACUAAGAGAAUCCUUGAUACAUUCCAGAAUCGACGACUUUAGCAAGAAAGUUUUUUUAUUUUCCAUAAGGGUCAGUGCAAACAUUGGCCAUUACCAAACAUACAUACCUAGUAUUACCCAUUUAUUAGAUUCUUCAAAUAUCCAUAUUCUUAGUGAUGUUGAAAAGACAGAAAUUUCUUCGUUGCUCGUGCUACAUGUGACGCAUUUCAACCAUAACUAUAAUGAAGCUCUUCGAUUAUUUUUCAAGUACCUAAACCCUGACCAUGAUGCAAAGAUUCUUCAAAUAAUCAAAAGUUGUAUAAACAACGAUUAUUACACCUGGACCCGAAUUUACAAUUCCGAAGUCAGUAAUGCUACCUUCAAUGUAAUGAAAUUUGGACUUGAUAAAGUCGUCCAAUCUAUAGUUGAAUGUCUAAGUGUUUCCUAUUUCAAUAUUAGUUUGGGAGAAUUGGAAAAUAAUAUCCUACCUAAUGGCACCAAUUUUGAUUCUGUCACCAGGGACUUCUCGCCUCUGUGGACCCUAGACGGUGACAAUGUCAUUAUACGUAAACGUCCCGUCAAAGCUAAAUAAAUAUACC